AAUCAUGAGACGCUUCUUGUCUGCUCCCCGGCCCCCCUUCGGGCGCCAGUUGACUGUUCACGCCGAAUCCUCCAUGCGUCGUUGAUCCAUUCCGCGUCAACAAGUCUCGUCUCCGCACCCAAGUUUCCGACAGUCGAAUUGCAGAAAAAUUUGGCACAGGAAUCCCGUCCCCAUUGGAAUUCUAGGAAGAACCGCGGCGUCUCAAGUUCGCUUUUCGUGUUCUUGCGCUCCUGGAACUAUUUCCCUCCUUGUUGGAUUCCUUCCACUUCAAUUCUCCUCUUUUCUCGGGAUCGCCGAGCCUAGCUGACGCGGCGCCAUGAAGCACAAGAAGGGCCGCGACGCCGGCGGCGAGUCCAACGGCGACGGCGGCUCCCAGAAAGGAGGCGGCGAGGUGCCGCUGAGCAUCCAGCUGGACAUCGUGGAGCACCCUGGCGGCGGCGGCGGAGGACUCGGUACAGGAGGCGGCGGGUCGGCGUCCUUCUUCGAGCCGUGGCGCGAGCAGACGCCGGGCAGCGGCAGCGGGCACGGCAGCUCGGGGAGGGGCGGCGGGCGCGAGCCGCCCGAGAAGCGGCUCACGCUGUUCGCGCUCCGCCUGGCCGUCCUCGAGAAGGCGGCGAGCGGGCUCGGGAAGCUCGACUUCGUGUGGGCCACCGUCGUGCUCCUCGGCGGCUUCGCGAGCUCCCUCCACAUCACCGACUUCUGGUGCGUCACCGUCAUCCUCGUCGGCGAGGGCGCGCGCGUCUUCAGCCGCAGCCACGAGCUGGAGUGGCAGCACCACGCCACGCAGACCUCCACCGCCGGCGGCGCGCUGCGCUCCAGCUCCCGCUUCUUCCGCCACAUCGUCCACGCACUGGCCGACCCGGCCGCGGCCGUCGGCGGCGGCGGCGCCGCGGACGACGACGCGCGGGCGCGGGCCGCGCUGUUCCAGCGCCAGAUCGUCGCCUUCAUGAAGCGGCGCGCCUGGCACGCGCCGGACGUGUCGCUGCUCCCCUACACCGGCUGGGUCUUCGUCUCCCGGAAGAUCGGCAGGCUGCUCAACUGGCUGCAGCUGCUCUCCGCGUUCGCCUGCGUCGCGCUCUCCAUCAUGCGCCUCUGGAGGCACGACUUCGGCGGCGACGACAACAUGAGGCCGGCGCUCCUGCUCUUCUACACCCUCGCGCUCGCGGAGGCGUCGCUCUUCCUGUUCGAGAAGGCGUACUGGACAUGGAAGGUCUCCAUCUGCAAGCUGCUCCACCAGGUGAGCGCCGAGUGCGAGCUGGGCGCCUACGGGCUCGUCUCGCUCACGCGCUUCUUCUACGACGCCUACUCGCGCUGCAUCGCCGGGAGCAUCUUCGACGGCAUCAAGAUGGACCUCGUCUCCUUCGCCGAGGAGCUCAUCCUCUCCGACUUCCUCGACGAGCAGCUCAUCGGCGUCCGCAUACUGCAGCAGUUCGCCAACAGCGAGCGCUCCGCGGGCGACACGCUGCGCAAGGUCGGCACGAUCCCGAGGUCCAUCGACCGGCUUGUCGAGAUGCUCAACUGGAAGCGGCCCGACGAGGAGGAGGUGCGGCGGUGCGCGGCCGAGGUCGUGUCCAAGCUCGCCGGAAAGCGCCAGAACGCGCUCCGCGUGUCCGGCAUCCCCGGCUCCAUCGAGUCCAUCAUGUCCCUGCUCUACACCGGCGGGAACAAUGCGCAUGCGCCCGUGUCGCAGACGCCCGGCGAUGUCGCCGAGGACGAGGCCUCGCCGGCAGCGCGCGGUUACGACCACCUGCCGUUCAACCUGCUGGGUCUCCUCAUCCUCAAGAAGCUCGCCAGGGACCACGACAACUGCGGCAAGAUCGGCAACGCCCGCGGCCUGCUCGCCAAGAUCAUCAGCUUCACGCAGGCGUCGCCGGUCCUCCUCCGGAACCCGCACGCGUCGGACUCGCAGGUCCGCGCCGUUAAGCGCGCGCUCCAGCUGGUGAAGAUGCUGGUGUCCACGACGGGCAGCACGGGGCUGGCGCUCCGGAAGGACGUCGCGGAGGACGUGUUCACGGUGAGCAACCUGCGCGACAUCCUGCGCUACGGGCAGCAGCACAGGGAGCUGCAGAAGCUGGCCACCGACGUGCUGACGGGGCUGGCCCUCGACGAGAGCGGCAAGAAGGCGAUCGUGGCCACCGGAGGGGUGGUCAAGCAGCUGCUCUCCAUCUUUGUCAGCGCCGAGGAGAGGGAGCUCGGCGGCGAGGCCGGCGAGGCGCUGGCGAUGCUGGCGCUGGAGAGCGAGGACGGCUGCGGCGCGAUCCUCAAGCGGGGCGACGUGCUGGACCAGCUCGUGGCGGCGCUGCAGAACGGCGACGCGCGCCGCCUGAACGCGGCGAGGCUGCUGCGGAACCUCUGCGCCUACUCGGGGGAGAAGCACAGGGAGCGGCUGCGCGUGGCGACCAAGGCGCUGCCGGCGGCGCUGAGCGCCACCAUGGCGGAGAGGGACAAGGUCCUGGAGGUGUCCGUCGGCCUGACGGCGGAGAUCUUCAGGUUCAUCGACGGCGAGCGGUUCGCCGCCGAGCUGCGCGGCGCCGGCGUGGCGGAGGAGCGCGCGUACGCGGAGCGGCUGGCGAGCGUCCUGCGGCGGUACAGGUACCCGGAGAUCAGGGUGCCCCGGAUGCGGCGGUUCGUGGUGCAGCAGGUCAUCUGGCUGGUGAAGUGCUCGCGCGGCGACGUGUACGUGGAGCUCUUCCGGGAGGUCGGGAUGGAGCGGCUGCUCGAGUCCAUCGCGGACACCACGUCGGAGCUGGAGUGCUACCACGUGUUCUCGGGCAGCGUGGGCAUCAGCAAGCACCGUGAGAACUUCUCCGGCAUCGUGGACUCCGCAUUGGAGCUCAUCGCCGGCACUGGUGGCGGAGCUCGAGCUAAAGAGUGAGAUUGCACGGAAGUUCCCAAGCCGGAGCUAAGCAUGGAUUCUGUUCUCUUUUCUGUGUAUAUCUGAUUACGUACACAAGAUUCACAGUUCGUAAGUUUCUUUUUAGAGAAUUGCCAUAUGCAAUGUGAUGAGUGUAAAAAAGAAAAUGAAAAAAACAGUAACAUUUAAAGUUCUGUAUA